AUGGAUGCGGCGGUGGCGGCGGCGGCGGAGGCGAGGGAGCGGCUGCGGGCGAGCUUCGCGUCGGGGAGGACGCGGCCGGCGGCGUGGCGGGAGGCGCAGCUGCGCGGCCUGCUGCGGAUGGCGGCGGAGAUGGAGGACGACAUCUGUGCCGCGCUCCGCGCCGACCUCGCCAAGCCCCAAACCGAAUCCUACGUCCACGAGAUAUCGCUGGUCACCACCUCCUGCAAGUUUGCUCUCAAGAAUCUCAAGAAAUGGAUGAAGCCCCAAAAGGUCCCCAGCCGGCUGCUGACGUUCCCGUCGACGGCGCGGGUCGCGGCGGAGCCCCUCGGCGUGGUGCUCGUCGUCUCCGCCUGGAACUACCCCUUUUUGCUGGCCAUCGACCCGGUGGUCGGGGCCAUCGCCGCCGGCAACGCGGUGGUGCUGAAGCCGUCGGAGGUGGCGCCGGCCACGUCGUCGCUGCUCGCCGACCUGCUCCCGCGGUACGUGGACGCCUCCUGCGUCAGGGUCGUCCAGGGCGGCAUCCCGGAGACCACCGCGCUCCUGGAGCUCAAGUGGGACAAGAUCUUCUACACAGGCAACAGCAAAGUGGGACGUAUUGUCAUGUCCUACGCUGCCAAGCAUCUGACUCCCGUCGUCUUGGAACUCGGCGGGAAAUGCCCCGUCGUUGUCGACUCCAACGUCAAUCUCCACGUUGCUGCCAAGAGGAUCGCUGCGGGCAAGUGGGGCUGCAACAGCGGCCAAGCCUGCAUCUCUCCGGAUUACAUCGUCACCACCAAAUCAUUUGCACCAAAGCUGCUGGAGUCCCUGAAGAAAGUGCUGGGCAAGUUCUACGGCCAGGACCCGCUGCGGUCGCCGGAUCUGUCGCGCAUCGUCAACUCCAACCAUUUCAACAGGCUGAGGGGGCUCAUGGACGACGAGACGGUCGCCGGCAAGAUCGCCUUCGGUGGCCAGAGCGACGAGCAGCAGCUAAGGAUCGCCCCUACACUGCUGCUGGAUGUCCCGCUUGAUUCAGCGAUCAUGAAGGAGGAGAUUUUUGGGCCCCUGCUUCCCAUAAUCACGGUUGACAACAUCGGUCAGAGCUUUGCCGUGAUCAACUCCAUGACCAAGCCACUGGCAGCUUACCUCUUCACCAACGACAGCCGGCUCAAACGACAAUUCGAGAGGAACAUCUCAGCGGGAGGGAUGAUAUUCAACGACACCGGCAUCCACCUGACAAAUCCACACCUGCCAUUCGGAGGAGUCGGGGAGAGCGGCAUGGGCGCGUACCACGGCGCCUUCAGCUUCGACGCCUUCACUCACAGGAAGGCCGUCCUGGACCGCAGCAGCUUCCUCGGCGAGGCCAGGGCCAGGUACCCGCCCUACACGCCGGCGAAGCUCAGCAUCCUCAGGGGCGUGCUCAAGGGCAACCCGAUGGCCAUGGCCGUGCGGGGUGCUGCGGGCUGCGGUAGGCUGCUCGGCGGCGCGCCCACCGCUGGAUCUGGCCGGGGAGCUGCCGACGCGGACGCGGCGCGCGGCAGAGGCGACGCUCAGCUGGAGAUCGAGGGCAGCGCGGCGCGGCGGGAGGCCGUGGACGGCGCAACUGUGUUGACGGGGCCGGAUCUGGUGGUGGCCCUGCCGGCCGGCAGGGCUGCUGGCGGCUCCGGGGUUCGAGGGCCGGAUGUGCGGCACUCUGACAUCGGCAAAGCUGCGCAGCAGGCGAGGAAGGUCCGUGUUGGUGGCCGUGCGAGGUUGCGGCGACUGCAACGGCCCAUGGUGGUGUGUGAGGUCGGAGGUUUCACUGGCAUCUGCGCGUGUGGGGACUGA